GAGGGUCCUCCGAUUGUCUAACCUGAAAGUCGAACUAACACACGUCGGUCUUUCUUUCGCAGUUGUAGCAUUACACGUCAUCGCAAAUAUUUUAGUCCUUCCAGAUUUUGUUGGUGAUUUGCUAUGUCUAACGUAAACUGGAAACCUUUCGUUUUCGGAGGGCUAGCUUCAGUGACUGCGGAAUGUGGUACAUUCCCCAUCGACCUGACUAAAACAAGGCUUCAAGUGCAAGGUCAAGUAGGCGACAGUAAAUAUAAAGAGAUCCGCUAUCGUGGAAUGCUACAUGCUUUUGGAAGAAUAUGCAGAGAAGAGGGUCUCCGAGCAUUGUAUUCCGGUAUCGCUCCUGCAAUGUUGCGACAAGCAUCUUACGGCACCAUUAAGAUUGGCACGUAUCAGAGUUUUAAACGUUUGCUUGCGGACAGUCCGGAGGACGAAACUCUGCUAACCAAUGUACUCUGUGGAGUGCUCUCUGGGGUUAUCUCUUCCUCAAUUGCCAACCCAACCGAUGUCCUGAAGAUACGAAUGCAGGCUCAAGGAAGCCUUAUCCAGGGGAGCAUGAUGGGAAACUUUCUCAAUAUUUAUCAAGAGGAGGGAACAAGGGGCCUUUGGAAGGGGGUGUCCCUAACCGCCCAGAGGGCAGCCAUCGUAGUUGGUGUGGAGCUUCCAGUUUAUGAUCUCACAAAGCGACAUCUGAUCCUCUCCGGAUACAUGAGUGACAAUAUAUACACACACUUUCUGUCCAGUUUUGUAUGUGGCCUUGCCGGGGCUCUGGCAUCCAACCCCAUAGAUGUGGUGCGUACCCGCAUGAUGAACCAGAAGGCCUUGCUGGAUGGCACAUGUGGAGGAUAUAAGGGAACUCUGGACUGCCUGUUACAGACUUGGCGAUCUGAGGGUUUCCUUGCUCUCUACAAAGGUUUCUUCCCCAACUGGCUCCGACUUGGCCCGUGGAAUAUCAUUUUCUUCAUAACAUAUGAACAGCUGAAGAAACUGGAGGUCUAAAAGUGCUCAAAGACCAGAGAGCAAUUAAGACGUCACAAGCUGCCUGAUGAUGGGGAUUGCAAGAAUGGAAUUAGUCGAAGGAAGAAAAAAAAAAGAGAGAAAAGAAUGAGACCAUUGCCAGUUCAGGCCCGGUGCUACGCUACUUAGCUUUGCUGCACCGAGUUUGAUUUUGUUUGGUCCAAAGUCUGUGACGUGACCUGAGGGAAUGAGGCAUGUGGAAUCUGCAUGGCCAGAAACAAGAGAAACGCUCGGAUCAGGUCAUGCUGAUCAUAGUCCCUUGAGAUGGAUCCUUUGGGUCUGUUUGUUUAUUGACUUGUACAAAGGGGAAAUAUUCACAGUUGCCAAAGUAAUUGUGACCCACUGAAAAUGAUCAAAGAAAUUCCCCCCCUCCCCCUCCAAAAGAUUUUUAAUCACCUUAAUAUAUUAAGACCUCUGAAUGUAAUUCUUGCCCCACGGAUUCGACCCUUUAAUUUCCCAAAAAGAUGGUAAAUGCUGUUUUGUCUAAGCGAUCCUGUCUAUCUCACUGACUUAAAUGUGAGCUCUAUAUGGCCAGUGUUUGCUGUAUAUGGCCAUUGUCUGCUUUAUUCUAGUUAUAUUUAGUUUUGGUAUUCUGUUUCUUCUUUACUGUCUGACGUGUAUGACUUGCUCAGCUGGGCUGUCCCCUUAUGUAAACGUGCAUGUACUGUUAUAGAGGGAGUGCCUAACUUUGGCAUCCUCUGUUCGUAUUGUCUUGAAAGGGAGCCAGAGGAAAAUCCACACCGUGCUGCGUUUUUUUUUUUCCUCUCGUUUCCGUUAAUGGUACGAUAAACGGGGGCACAGAGAGAACGGUCCGCGUCGUCGCGGAAAGAAAUCUGCUCGCUUGACGCGGCGAUCGAGAUCAAACGGAUCAAUACGGAUCUUAACCGUCCCUUAGCUGGACCGGCUUUGCCUUUAAGCACAUGUCACUUUCUAACGCCAAAUAAAUGUCAUUCAUGCUCAGGUGACAUUCAAUGUCCUCGAUAACUUUUUUUUUUUUUUUUUUCUAACGUAUAUGUUCAGAGAGAACAACCCGUACUGUGAUCCUUAGACCGAUCGCCGCAAGUUCUCUAUUUUAGGCGUAGACAUAUGAGCGGUGUAGUACGUCAAGGGCAGACCAGUACUAGAUACCAGAUCACUCUGUGGUACCGGGGUCCACAAAUGUCAGAAUAAGCCUUUGGACAUCGUGUACAGAUUUCUGUCUCUCUCUACUAUCUAUUUAUAUUUGACUCCUGUGUUUCCUGCCCCGUCAGACAUGAGCACUUUUUGUACAUUUGUAGACUGUUAUCAUUCUUACUGUCAUUUGACCAAAUUUUACACCUGUAUCAUAGAAUGUAUGGAUGACAGAACAUGUCAGUAGCAGAUCUGUUCAAACGACGCUGUUUUUGUUGUAUUUUCUGUACUGAUUGCGUCAAGUGAUAUUUUGCACAUACAUAAAAACAUUAUAUACUG